ACUGCAUGGAUCCUCAGUCGGGCUUUCUGUAUCCUUCUCGAUUGCGGCUCAACGUGCUUCAAAAUCUAGUCCGAUCGGUCGAUCUAGCCAAAUCGCCACCCCGACAUCUGCCUCUGUUAGCGUGCUAUCUGGCCGGUAUAGCCCAGCGAUGCCAGCCUGCCAUGCAAUUAGUUUCU